AUGGCUGAAUCCAACGCUGCCAUCACCAAUGCUGUCCUGCUGACAUUGCUCCCUGGACUCCAACGACUCGGUCAAUUCCUCGACACCAAUCUCAAUGGCCAGCCGACAGUUGUUUGCAGUGAUGACCCAGACGAGUACAAGUGCCUGCUGCACGACACACUUGUCGCACCUACGCCUGCUGCUGCUAUGAAGAACGCGGGUAUCGCCAUCCAGCCCUUUCCAACAGAAAGUAGACAGUCUCCCAGCGGGCGACAGGAUGAUAUUGUUGACUCUGCUAUUAGAAACACCUGCCCUCCUAACGAGUGGCCCAUCGGAAAAUACAACAUAUUGGCGGUCGGGUAUAAGUCGAUAAGACGAAUCUCAGAUCAGAGAGCCCAGCCGUACCACAAGAACACCCUCGAGACAUUUGUUCGUUCAGAGCACUGGGAGACUCUUUUGCGACGGAUAGGUCAACCUGCGAUGGCCUAUCUUUUGACACAAACCUCUAUCUUUGCGGCGCUACCCAAUAAUUGCUACUGCCAAAUCACAGGACCAGCUAUCAGCGAACAGCAUGUCUCGAAACAGCUCAUACAACAAGAAGUCCUUCAAAGCCUCUCAACCAGGAAGCGCCCUGCCGAUCUUACUCCCUCUUCAGCCACAUCCGAUACUCAUUACUCGAAGGACACAUCGCCACCGGCUGCAAAACGACGUGCUGUUUCGAACGACAAGCGGAAAUCGGAAGGACACGCAUUGGAGUGUGCACCGACAGCAGCCAAGAGACGGAAGAAUAAUAAUAGCGACGGUGACAAAGACAAGGACAGGGUUACAAACCCAAGAGCCGCCAUAUCGCCGUCGGCAAUAUCGUUCCAGCGGUCCAGGAUCUUUUAUGCGCGACGAUACCAUAUCGAAAGCGUGAUGCUUCGUAACUUUCUGCUUGCCGACUACGACAGCUUUAAGCCGGCGGACUAUGUUCCAGACCUGAAGGCGAUUGUGGAUAUUCAGAUGAAGCGAAUGUUUCCCAAGCAACAUGGACUUCAAAAUGCGAUUGACAAUGCACCAGAGAGCGCACAGACAAACGUCGCUUCUCUUUUGACGAGUUUCUCUUCCUUCGAUCAGGUGACAUCAUUCGUCCAUGCAGUCGUAAAGAAAGUCAUUCCUCUGGCCAUGUUCGGAUCGACCGAUAACCGGGCCGUCAUACUGCGAGCAAUGACACGGUUUAUUCGACUUCGCAAGUUUGAGACUCUGCCACUGCAGUACGCGCUUCAAGGUUUCAAGUUGAGCGAGUGCGAGUGGCUCCAGGAUUCGCACCGAGUCCAUGAAGGGCGCCCAGUCUGUCAUAUUGCUCCGACGGCGUCUGACAAACAGCACGAGAUCCUGCACGAGUUUGUCUACUGGAUUUUUGAAGGUUUCCUCAUGCCGUUACUUCGGGCCACAUUUUACGUGACGGACAGCUCGUACCAGCGCAACAAACUCUUUUAUUAUCGACAUGGGCUGUGGCGAAUCAUCACACAGUCUGCCGUGAACUCUAUCCAGGGCAAGAUGUUUAUCAGAAUGGAGCCAGAAGAAGUUUCGGUGUGCAACAGCGUUUAUUCUAAAGUCAGGUUCCUUCCAAAGACAAACGACCUUCGGCCUAUUAUCAACCUUGGUCGAAGGGCACCUAGACUGGUCAAUGGAGGAUCUGCGGGAAACUAUAAAUCGACAAACGAUCGACUGAAAACGGCACUGUACAUGGUAAAAGUCGAUAUCAAAAAGGCGUUCGACUCGAUCAACCAGGAGAACUUGCUCCAUCUCAUUUACGAGACUCUGAAAGAGGACAAGUACGUUAUACAUCGGCACUCGAAGGUGAACCCUGCGAACGGGCGGAUGAUGAAACGGUUCCACGCCAACGCUACCGCCCCCGACGACAUCCCCCACUUCCUCGACUUUGCUCAUGAACAAGCAGUAUUUUCCAAACACGCCGUCUUCGUCGACAAGGUUGUACAUUCGAGUGAGCGCAAGGAUGUACUUAUAAGUAUGAUCAUGGAGCAUGUUCGGGAGAACGUUGUCAAGUUUGGACGACACUUUUAUAAGCAGGCAACGGGCAUUCCUCAAGGAUCGAAACUCUCCCCAGCGCUCUGCAGGUUUGCACUGGUGCGUCUGGCGGACGACUUUUUGUUCAUCAGUCACGACAAGGACAAAUCGAUAGAGUUCUUAAGGAUCAUGGCAGCCGGACACCCAGAGUUUGGAUGCUUCAUCAAUGAAAGCAAGACGGUCACCAACUUUGACGUCUUGCUGAGUAAUGCUCAACCUGCCCAGCAGUGUCAAGGCAAUGACUUUCCUUAUUGUGGGUUCCUAUUGCACACAAAGACGUUGGAGAUCCGUGCUGACUAUACUCGAUACGAUGGGGACGACAUCCGUGACUUGUUGACCGUAUCGCGAAACAUGCAACCCAGCAAAAACGUCCAAGCCGGCUAUGCUAUCGUUCUCAAGAUGAAAAAAGCGAUGCAACACAUGUGCCAGAUGUCAUUCUCGGACACGACCUACAACUCCCACGCAAGAGUGUUCCUCAACAUCUACCAGAACUUUAUCUUCUGCGCCAUGAAGUUUCACGCCUACAUCCUUGAACUCUUCCUCGACCCCGCCCUUUCCUACCGCUCUUCUUCUUCUUCCUCCUCUUCCUCCUCCUCCUCGUCCUCCUCCUCUUCUUCUUCUUCCUCGCAGAACCGGAUCAACUACCGCCAAAACAUCAUCAUCGACCCCACAGACCUCCCCGAGAUCGUCACAGGCAUCUUCCGAGCAGCCUACGGCCUCCUCCACAACAGCCGUCGUUCAAAAGUUGGAAUUGAAGCCGGCGUCGAAUUCCGCGUCUACGAACGCCACGUCUUCUGGUUAGGCGCCACCGCAUUCCUCAAGACCUUACCCGAACGACAAGGUCAGAGCCAACCUGGCCCCGGAUUAGGUCAGGGUUCGAGUCGGAUGCCCGAGUUUGUGUACGCGCCGUUGAAAAAGUAUUUGAGGACGAAGAUUGUAGACAGGUUAGAGGUUGAGGAGAAGAAGGCGUUUUUUAAGAGGAUGUUGUUUUCGGCGGUCAAUGAUCCGCGGAAUUGUAUCAUGGAUGAUAUUCGGUAUAGAUAG